CCCUCAACUCUCAAACCACUCCAAUCUAAGCUUUUGCAAAGAAUUAAGAAAGACUAUAAUGAGUUCAUCCACCCUUUUCCAUCUCUUCCUCCUCUCCUCCUUCCUCUUCUCUUGCUUUUCAAAUGCAAGGCUUGAAGCGGAUGACUUUAGCUACAUUGAAGGAAGUCCUAAUGGUCCUGAAAACUGGGGAAAUCUUAGACCGGAGUGGAAGACUUGUGGCAAUGGCAUGGAGCAGUCACCCAUUAAUUUGUGUGAUGAUAAAGUGAUACAGACUCCAGCUUUGGGGAAGCUGAGAACAAGUUAUCAGGCUGCUCGUGCAACACUGAAGAACAAUGGACAUGAUAUAAUGGUGAACUUUAAAAGUGAUGCUGGUUCACAAUUCAUCAAUCGAGUACAAUACCAACUCAAACGAAUUCAUUUUCACUCCCCAUCAGAACAUGCACUUAAUGGUGAAAGGUAUGACCUUGAGAUCCAGAUGGUCCAUGAGAGCCAAGAUCAAAGGAGAGCAGUAACUGCUAUUAUGUUCAGAUUUGGACGUUCUGACCCAUUCCUCUCAGACCUUGAAGACUUUAUCAAGCAAAUAAGCAGAAGUGAGAAUUUUGAAGUAGAUGCUGGAGUUGUGGAUCCAAGGCAAUUAUUACAGUUUGAUGACCCUUCAUAUUAUAGAUACAUGGGCUCAUUCACAGCUCCACCUUGCACUGAAGAUAUUACAUGGACCGUUAUUAAGAAGCUUGGAACUGUUUCACCAAAGCAAGUAUUGAUGUUGAAGCAAGCAGUGAAUGAAAAUGCUAUAAACAAUGCAAGGCCACUUCAACCACUGAAAUUUCGCACCGUUUUUUUCUAUCCGCAUCAGAAACCCAAUCAUGAUGCCAUAUAAUCUAAUCAAGCUCGUAGUAUGUAUGAGUAUGAGUGUAAUAUGGUGAUGCUUAAAUAAAAAGGGUGGAGUGCUCCACUCUGCAUGUACCCCUUAUCAUAUAAUAAAUGGGAAAUAUAAAUUAUCUCU